UUAUGUUUUCUAUUCAUGGACAUCCUUAAGCCGUAGUAUUUAAGUUUAUUUUGAUCGUUUUUCUUACCAUAACUUUCUCCUCCCAUUAACGUACCACUUAUUAAAAAUUUUACUCCCAGAGUCUGUUCCCUCACUUGUCUGCCACUGUCCAGAAUCUCAGAUAUACCAUCUACAGCCUUUGCUGUGAAGCUACAAGUGUCUGUCUUUCUCCAAUGGAAGGUAGAACGGUGCCCCAUGCUUACCCUGUGAGUGCAGAAUAUGAAUUUGCUAACCCUACAAAGAUUUUUGAUCAGAAUUUUGCAGAAGGUAUUGCCCCAGAAGACCUUCUAUGCCCAACACUGUACCACGGCUAUUAUAUCAGGCCCAGGAUCAACAAGCAGGCAGAUAAGGGCUACUCUGAAAUUAGCCAAAACGAACACAAAUUCCAAGUACUCUUAGAUGUGUGUCAUUUUCUCCCAGAUGAGAUCACAGUUCGGACCAUAGACAACUUGCUCGAGGUCGCGGCUCAGCACCCACAGAAAAUAGAUAGGCAUGGUUUUAUCACAAGGACAUUUAAGAGGACAUAUAUCUUGCCCUUGGAUGUAGACCCUCUUCUAGUGAAGGCAACUUUGUCUCAUGAUGGAAUCUUAAGCAUUGCAGCUCCCAAGAAAGGAAUCGAUCUGAAAAGUGAAGUCAACAUUGUGAAGGUAGAAGUCCAGACACCACCAGAUAUGGAACAGAGGAUCUCAACAGAGGAGAAGGCAAAGAAUCAACAAGACCGCAAUCCAGUUGUUUGAAAUAGCUGUUUACUAGGAUACAUUAUUGAACAGCAUGCAGUUGAAAAUCUAUAAUUGAAUAGAUGUAAUUUUGUUUGUAAUGUAAUCUUAUUGAAAAUAAUUAUUCAGUAAAUAUA